UAAAAUACUUUUAAACAAAAAAGAAAAACUUAGCCGAGAUGCCGAAGAAAAAAACGGCCAAAGUUAAAAAGGCGAAAGCAGGGAAAGGGAAAAAGGACGGGAAACAGGAUUCCAAAGCGGACAAGGAAACGGACGUGGAAAAGUCCAAGGCCACCGCUGCCCUAUGGGAGCUGAGGUCGAAGGUAACGGACCAGUCUCUGGGUCAGUACCAGGAAGCUUGCGGUAGGUUGGCCCGGGUCAACGAGGAGCUCACCACGCAGCUGUACCGAGCAGAGAAGGAAACCAUCGACGUGUCGGCGUUUCAGCUGAAACGGGAUGCGACCAGAGAGCAACAGAUCACUGUGCUGUACCAAAGCCUCAGAAGUCAAGAGGCCAGGGCACGUGAGGAACAAAACAGACUGGAGGAAGAUUACAUACUUCAAAUCGAGGAAAUGAAGGAACUGUUCAGGAAACGCUCAGCUGACUUCAACAUGAUCGAGGACGGGUUCAAGAAGAUUGAGGCGUUUCAGAUGAAGAAAGCCCAAAUGGAGCAGGAGCUCAGUGAUAUCAGAGAGAAAAUGGAAGCCGCUGACAAGGAGCACAGGGAAAAUCUAAACAAAAUGGAGUACAGAUUCUACAAGGAAAAGACUCGGCUGGAGAUGGAGGCAGAGAGAGCAAUAGCUCUGGCAGUGAACAAGGCCCACAACGAAGCUAUUGUACAGUUGGACGACGCCUCACGCUCCGUGUUCAAGGAGAACGUCCGUCUUAACGAAGCGCUGAGGCAUCACAUGAAGGAGGCGGAGGAUCUGCAGAAACAAACAGACUCUCUGGCCAGGCAGAAUGCUCUGCUGGAACAGGACAAGAACACAUUUGAGAUGAUGGUCAAGAAGAACGCAGCCCAGAUGGUGGCCCAAAAGGAUGAGUUGUGGAAACUGAGGGCAAAGGUCACCUCUCUGGAGCAGACCCUCGAGCAAAACGCCAAAGAAGUGGAAGAAGGGGAGAGGAAGGAAAAGGAGAAGGCCUUGGUGAGAGCUUCAGCUGAGCAGGUAGAGAUGGAGAAGCUCCAGAAGGUUCUGGCCAUGCGUGAGCGAGAGCUGGGCCACAUCAAGCGCCUGGCGACCUCGGUUGUGAAGCAGCGCACGGAGCUGGAGAAGUUCUUCCACGAGGCGCUGGCACAGGUGAAGCAGGAGAUCGUGGACAGCAGGCAGCGAUACAAGAAGGAGGCCCUGCAGGCUUAUCGCUGGAAAGUGAGGGAAGCCACAGCUGGGAAACUCAAGUUCCCACCCAUCCGCACCUUCCAUAAGAGCCCCCACAGCACCAACUCUGUCCACGCAGACAUGGAGGCAGCGGCCGCAUGGACACACCAUCCUGGAAGCAAGGUGGAAAUAUCCGAUCUCACCUGGGAGCAGAAGGAACAAGUGCUCAGGCUGCUGUUCGCCCGAAUGAAUGGACAGACGCAGAGGAGAGUGGCCCAACAUCUGGCUCUGUCUGCCUCCUAUGAGAAGAAGAGCCUCAGUGACAGCGAUGCUGCCGGAAUUAGAGAGCAGCUCUCCCCGGCGACGUUCAUCACCCAGGCGCCUGAGCUCACUCUGCCCUCGAACCCUAACAGCCUGCCGGAUAUACACACCACAUGACCUCGGUGCGGCCUCGACAUUGCACAUCACACUCGGGAUUGAUUGCCUCUGCUCCGUGCGCUGCCCACACAGUGUCAAUCAUGCGUUUUAGCAGAAUGCAAGAUGUUUGUUUGUGCUCGUUAAAAAUGUCUUCACCGUGCAUGUGACUAUGGCUCAGCAGCUGAGCGCUUCACACGAAGAUCAUCUUGAGUUCUGUCAAAACCCAUUUGAUAACGUUGAACGGAACACAGAACAGUGACUGGCCUCUUCAUUAGGUACAUCAGGCGGGAUCGUACAGACCUUAAAUACUGCCCUAGUUCCUGGAGGCACAGAUUCCACAGGACAAUAGAACCGUCCCCGGGAGAUUUCCAUCCAUUUUUACAUCAGGCAGCUGUUGACGAUUCGUCUGCUGCACAUCUCAGAUGAAAAUCUCCAGUUUUGUCACAUUCCACAGCUUUAAUGGACUUUUUGUCUCAUAGGCUCUAUUUAAACUGAGUUACAGUGUGUUUUGACUGAAUCUUGUCAGAGUAAUUCUUCUCUUCCUUCAGGCAUCAUCAAGGUGUUUUCCCCUAAAAUAACUUAAAAAAAGACCAGCCUGUCUGGCACCAACAAAAAUCCAUGUUCAACAAAAGUUUAAAUUAUUUUUCUUUUUCAUCGCAAUGCAAAGUUUGACCUUGUUUUUUGACAGCGCUGAGUUCCUGCCGUGCAAUUGGCUGAUUAGGUAUCGGCACUAAUGAGCAGUGGAACAGAUGUCCCUAAUCAAGUGGCCAGUGAUAAUAUCUAGACAUAAGAGUUUUUAUUGAUAAUGUAUUUGUUUUUUCUUCACUUGCGUGCACUUCAGUUUAGGUUUACUAAGAUGUUAAGGAUGAUGCAGCACUUGCUGGUACCUAUGUUGACUUCACAAGUUCUCUUGUUGGCAUUUUUGGAGUCCAUGGAGUUCAGAUAUUGCAAUAAAUAUAAAAAAAUCUAUCUUGUAAUUUUUUUUUAAUUUAACAAGUGAAAUGACAAGAAAACAGAGCUUUAACAAGGUAAAACUGAAAUGACUUUUAGAAGUUCCAUCAAUCAUCACAUUGACUUUUUCUGGUGUGAGAUGGAGGGUAUCAAAGGAGCAUCCCAUGAAGGCUGAGUCUCAGCAGCACUGGCUCCACCUUGUGUCGAACAUAAUAUGAGCAUUUUUAGGUCAGUUAAAAAUAAUAAUCAGCACAUGACUAGCAGUCAACUGAAGUUAUCAUCAAUUAGAGUUAACAAUAUGAAGGAAUGAUUCAUGAAGGCCAAACUGAAGAACAACUCCUGAAUGUUCAUGAUGCUGAAGGUCCUGGGUUUGAGCCCCAGAGGAACUACAUACUUCUUGUGGCACCCUUAGGGACUUAAGGAAAGUUUUCAACUUGAUUCAAAAGUGGAGUAAAUUGUUUAAUAAUUGUUGUCAUGUCACUGACCUGUGUACACACACCGCAUGUGAAGGUUUCACUGAUGCAUCGAUGACAUGUACUGGAGUUUUAAAGUCACAGAUAGUGUGUGUUUGCAGGAACCCUGAGUGAUUCUCAGCAGGUCAACACCAGGUGUCAGUCUGUCUGGUGCAUCACAGAGAGGAGACUCAGACGAUGGCAGCCAACGACGGCUGAGCAGAUGCAGCAACGAUGAGAAAAUCCUUGCACACUGCGAUAAUUGGUAUGCUCAGUUCCUAAAUGGUGCUGUUCAAAGUAAAAUAGUCAACAUUCCUCCUUGUUGCAUCAUUUUUUGAAUGUGUUACAGGUUUCAGCAGAUCAGUUUGUGUUAAAGAAAACUGUAUUUUCUUUAUGCUUUUGCUAUGCAGAAUUACAGAUUAAUAAUUAUUUUUAUUUUUUUAUUCCAUUCCUUUUUAACAAGCCUUGUCCUAAAAUAUCUUUUGUAUUCACUUGUUUUUCAGGAAAGUUCUUUGGAAGAUCAGCGCUGGAAGAAAGGUUUGGCCUCUUCACACAAACCUGCAGACAAUGAGUGUUGCCCUUUUGUUAUUUGUAGUGUAAACU